AUGGUGUCGUCCAAAUUCGAAUCUCUCUCCGUGCGCCCUCCGACUCCACCCAAAGACCAAGAAGACACAGCCGCCGACGAGACGGUGCAAUUCCUCCAAGACCCCUUUGGCGAGAAGCCAAUCCCGCCCAGGCUCCGAGCAGCGAAGAGAGUGCCCAACACGCCAGAGCAAUCGCCGUCGUCCGACAUCGACAUACCCUCGAGUUCUGCAAGCGCACGGAAGAGAGUCAACUUCGAGCUGCAGCUAUGCGACAUACCCACCAACAAGGCAGUCGCGCAGUCCUGGACACCCACGCGUAGCUCACCGCUGAAGCCCCUCCCCCAGAACCGCCUCACGAAGCCGCUCAAGUCGAUCCUGAAGCCCUCCGACGGCACGCAGACACCUCCCGCAGAAGACGCUGCCAACCCGCUCAACUACAAGUCAUUCGCCGAAAUGCUGGACGCGAUAGUGAAGCUGCUCGCUUCUUCCGAGCGCGGAACGCGGUUAGAUGCAUACGGUUCUUUGCAGAGGACAAUGCAGGCAUACGACAAGAUACCCGACCCCCAGGCGCUGAAGCAGAAGAUGUCUCUGUUGACCCAAUUCAUACGGCGCGACAUAACAGCUGCAGGCGUGGGUGGGACAGGACUGGACUCACAGCUCAUUGGACAGGCGAUGAAGCUGCUCAUGGCUCUGUUCCGCAUCACAGACUUGAUAUCCGCCAUGGACGAAGACUUCUGCUCCUUCAUCAUCGACCGCAUCAUCCGCGUAGCUUCCGAUAGCUCCAUGCCCAAGACCACCGUCAACACACACCUGGCUGUCCUGAUGCAGCAAAGUUUCCGGCCGAAGACCAUGACUGCGACACGCGUCGAGAAGGUGCUCGAGGCACUAGACACCAUCCACGAGCGAACAUCGGGCCACGCGGUACAGGCAUACAGGGUCCGGAUAUACAGGAAGCUGCUUCAGCAACGCCCGGACGUUAUGAUCAGGCAUACUGAACGAUGGUUCACGCAUACCCUCAAAGCUCUGGUGUCGGUUCAGAAGGAUAUCAGCCAAAGCGCACUGGACACUGCAGUAACGGCUGCGAAGACCAUUGGCCAUGACCGACAUGUCGCCAAAUCGGUCUUGUCUGUUCUGAACCGGGUCAAGAGCGACGGCGGCACCAUUGCUAGCGUUUUCGCAGGUGAACUGGAUCGUAUGCUCGGUGGUGAUUACGCCGUCUUGGUGCCACAGAUUGUGGCUGCUGUCACAGGUCUACUCAAAGACUCGCUUGACGCGUUUGCAGGCUUGAAGGAUUGGCUGGUCCUCAUUAACAAGUGUCUGUCAUCGGACAACGACCAAGUCCGAUUAUACUCCAAUGUCGCCGUUGCCUUCCUGGCAUACUCUGUUAACUUCAUGAACCUACCCGAAGAAAAGAAAGUCAAAGCCUGGUCGGGGAUGUUCGUUAAAAUCUCGGUACAUGCACUGCAACGGAAGACCCCAGUAAAGAAAGCCGAGCGCGAUGCUGUUUCAUCCGCAUACUUCACAAUGCUGUAUUAUGCAUUUCGACCAGCAGCCUCUUUUGAACAAUUCGACGGACAUUGGACUGACUUCAUAGCUGGCCUCUGGAGUCCAAUAAUCGCAAAGUCUGCUCCGCAGCACGCCAUACCAUGCCGAAUUGUAUCUGCUCUCUUGGAUGGCUCUCGAAAACCUUGGAACGAGAAUCGGGCGCUAGAUCUUCGGCCACAUGCCAUGAUCCAGCGAGGCGAGCUACCUCUAGUCGAUCCUAAGUGGGUACGCAAGUCGAUUGCUCUUGUACUGGAAUUUGUUGAGGAUAUUCUAGAGGCUGCACUCAAGACCGAAAGCAAAGACCAGGAAGAUGAACCGUUUCAGACGAUGUGGACAGCAGUCAUCAACUCUUUGGUGGAAGCAAGCAGUAAGGAGAUCAUGGCGUCCACAGAAACCAAAGAUGCCAUGGCACAUAUCAUCAACCUGCUGCGUCGGAUCUGGGACAGCCACACGGACAACAUUGCGGUAGAACAGAAGAGGGAGGAUCUUUGGGCAACCAAGUUCUGCUUCCUGAUUGAGACUGUUGUGCAGAAGAUGGGCGCUUUUCAGUUCGCAGACAAAUGUCUCACACGCAACGCCGACAACGAGAUCGAAGUCGCAUCGACACCAUCACAUCGAUCACGGCACCAAGGCACCCGAUCGUCCCCGCUUCUCUUCCUACUGGAUCUUCUCGUCACACAAUCAGAAGGAAAGCUAGCUGAUCCUGUUCGACUCCGCGCCAUGGACGUCAUCAUCGAGCCCUGUUUUGCUGCCCAAAACACUCGGUUGAGCAAGUUGGAGCUUCUUCGGGAUUGUGCCGCGACGGUGGAUGGCUCACUGAAGGGUGCAGUGGCAUCAGAGUUCUGGACGCGGAUUGUGACCUUGCUCGAUACCAUGUUGCAAGAUCAAACAGCCCCUUCAGGUGACCGCAGUGCUCGCUCAUUGGGCAAAGAGUACGAAAUUGUGGUCGAAAUCCUCAGUCUGGGUUCUGCCUACUUGCUAGACAAGCCUGUCGGGCAGCAGAUUCUGUCGACUUUGGUUGGUACCGUCCGACGAGAAGCAGGAGAAGGUGCACUUGCACUCGCUGUUAUUGAAAAGGUCUCUGAGCAAGUCCUGAAGCGCACACCUGACGAAGACAAAGCUUCCUGUCUGGCAUACGCCAGCAUUCUUCUCCGCAACCUACCAAAGCAGAUGAGCCGCAAAGUGAUGGAUCAAGGUCGGCAGAAUCUUUGGCCUUCAAACACAGCUGCAAGGUCCCAUGACAUCGACCCUUAUGUCCAUCUUUACGGAGCCAUCACUUCCGUUGGGUCAGCUGCUUACAGGAAUCUUGAUAAAGACGAUGUAGAGCCUACCAAAGGCUUUCUUUCUGCGCUGAGCACCUCGGUUCAACACUGCUCGACGUCUCAUCUCGCUGGGUAUCUACGCAAGAUACAAGAUGCGAUCCAGAUUUGGGUGGAAGACCCGGAGAAGAAGAUGCAGAGCAGGGAAGAGCCACUGAAGAGCUUGCAUCGUGAGGUCAUCAACAUGUGGGAGGAAGUCAACAAAGCUGUAGAGCGGUUACCGCGCAAGGACAGCCAAACGCUGCUUCAUCUACAAGCGUUGGUGACCGCAGGCUUCCUAAGCAGACGCCGAAGUAUCGUCAACAUCUCUAUUGCGACCUGGAAUGCCACCUUUGGAAAAGAGGAUAGCUUGCGAUACCCUACUCGACUUGAGCAGGCUCUGCGCCAAUUACGGAACAGUGUCGAGCUUUCUCUUCCUUCACUGGAAGUCCGGGAAGACGAUGCUGUAAGUGCGUAUAUCAGUAUCUCCGAAACGCUACUAAUGUCAAAACAGGAGAACAAGCUCUCGUUCUACGACUCCGAUACGAGCGCAGACGAAGUCAAACGUGCAUUCAAGAGCCCGCGAGCAAAGGCCUCGCCCUUCAAGAUCUCCAAAGCGUCGCGGAGAUCCAAGUCUCGGUCUCCGGCAGUACCCACCUCAGCCACCAGGAGAGUGCCCUCGCGACAAACCCCGAAGAUUCGUCUCCGCCACGACGACUCUCAGAUCAAAUUCGAGCCUAUCGUCUCCUCGCCAUCGAAUCCGUUCCAGCAGGAAUCCCAGGUAUUGACUGAUCGACAAAAGGAGAUGAUCGAUCGUCAAAGACUCAGCAGCGGUAUUUUCGCUAAAAUGGGCGCUGUCUCGCCACAGCCAGAGGAUGUGCGAUCGCCGAUGGAGAUACACUCAGAUGCGUUGACUGCAGAUGACCUGCCAGACACCGCCUCCCGGGCAACUCCACUAAGGGCUCUCGCAGCCAUGGGUCCUAUGGACGGCUACCUUGGAUCGUCGCCAACUCCACAUUCCCGCAAGAAUACUCGUCAUAUUGUGAGCGAGGACACGGACAUUGCAACACCGACGGCCGUGCGGAGCAUACAGUUUGCGAACGAUGAUCUGAACUCUUCGCCGCCUCAGUUCAACAAGGAUGACAGAUCUAACACCAAGCAAAGCGAGCCUGAUGUUCUCGUAGGAUCCAGCUUUGAGUACCGUCAACCAGAAAGCUCAGUCUCGGUUUCCUUUGAUGAAGGAACGACAAUCGAUGAGGAAGCACUGCUUGAUGCUGUUGCUCUCCACGACAACACACAAAUGGACGCUGAACUCCCUUCAGACACUGUCAUGUCAGACGUACCAAGCUCCACCAUAGACCUGCAACUCACAGCCCAGAUCGACGCUGAUAUGCAAGUACAUGAUGCUCCUGCGGAAGCAACAGAGUCCGCACAAUCAGAUUCUAAUCCCGAAUACGUCGAUGCCGCAUCACAUCCACAGUCAUCAAUGUUGGAGGACCAAGCUGGUAGCGACACCGAAGUAGACGAGUCACAAACGCCAACUCGCGGCCCUGCCCGCCGAUCUCCGCGAAAGAGCUCCCAAGCCAAUACAAGCAGCACGAGCCGAGUAGGCGACUCUUUCGACAACAGUUCCGCAAAAGGAACACCGUACUCCCUGCGUAGUUCCUCCCGCCACUCCAUGGGAAGCCCCUCCCGACCCCCAAGUGGAAAGAAACCCAGACGCACACCCGCAAAGAACAAGAAGAACGGCAAGAAACAGACGCAAGAGAGUCCUGCGCCUGCCCCAGCUACCGCUCCCGCCCCGGUAUCAGAACCAGAGCCCGAAUCAUCCCAGCCCUCCGAGACAGACAUCCUCGACAACAUCACCGUCGCCGCCCCAGUCCCAACUUCCAACCCACGAGGCAAGAAACGUAAAUCUACUCACCCUACCACCACUACCACUACCACUACCACCACCGAACCCCCCAUCCCCGUCCCCGCAUCAACAACUCGGAAGCAAAACCUCCGCCGCUCCCAAUCCCUCCUCUCUCACGUCGAAAACACGCAGGAUAUCACUGUGGAUGAAACUCCAGCGCCUAAGCGAGCGAGGCAGAAUGCGGAUCAGGAUGUCAGUGAAGCGAAGAGGUCGACGCCGGGAAGUAGUGGGAGUAAGAGGUUGAGUCAUGUGCAGGUUAGUCCGAGGCCGAGGUCUUCUGGGUCGGGGAAGAUGGAUGGAGUUGGAAGGGAUGGGGAUGGGGAUGGGGAUGGGGAUGGGGAUGUGGUGGAGGGAGGGGGGAGUGUGGUGGAGCUUCAAGAUGAGCACAACGUCGGGCUCGAGCCUUCUCACUCCCAGUCCCAUCAACAACCCCAACCCCCACCUGUACAAUCAGCAACAGGCACCGAUACGCCUACCCGUUCUUUCGCCGAACGCGUCAUUCUCACCCCCCGCAGCAUCAUCAACCAACUCAAGAGCCUCAAGGAAUAUCUUUUCCGCACUCCGAGUCUGGUUCUAGGGCGCGAGGAGGAGAGGGAGAUUGAUGAUGCGUUGUUUGAUAUUAGGAGGCAGGUGCAUGCUGCGGGGUUGAGGGGGGAGAGUGAAGACAGGGAAGGACGGUGA